AUCUACCAAAAAUCUCUAAAACCUCCUUUACUCUCUGUCUCUCUCUAUCUAAAACCCUGCCAUGUAUGCUAAGCAUGGGCUGGCAAUGUCUGUCUACUAGCUAUCACUGAAUGCUGAUCUCAACACGCCUAUAAAAUGAACUACAACUCUUGACACUACACUAAUACAUGCUCUUCCGUGUUGGGAUCUCUUAACUAACAGCAAAACUGAUAAAGAAACUGCCUUUGAUGGCACUCGUUCCCAUUUUCUUCUUCUCUUUGUGUUUCACAUUGUGUUUUGCGGGCAAUGUGAGCUAUGAUAGUAGGUCUUUGAUCAUCAAUGGUGAAAGAAAGCUUCUUAUUUCUGCUGCCAUUCAUUAUCCUCGCAGUGUCCCUGCUAUGUGGCCAGAGCUGGUAAAAACAGCUAAGGAAGGAGGGGUGGAUGUGAUUGAAACAUAUGUAUUUUGGAAUGUUCAUCAGCCUACUUCUCCUUCCGAGUAUCAUUUCGAUGGAAGAUUCGAUCUGGUCAAGUUUAUAAAUAUUGUCCAGCAGGCUGGGAUGUAUUUAAUCCUUCGGAUUGGCCCAUUCGUUGCAGCUGAAUGGAAUUUUGGGGGUAUACCUGUCUGGUUGCAUUACGUUAAUGGAACUGUCUUCCGGACUGAUAAUUAUAAUUUCAAGUACUACAUGGAGGAAUUCACGACAUACAUAGUUAAGCUAAUGAAGAAAGAAAAGCUCUUUGCAUCGCAGGGGGGUCCCAUAAUUUUGUCUCAGGUUGAAAAUGAAUAUGGAUACUAUGAAGGUGCUUAUGGAGAAGGUGGAAAGCGAUAUGCUGCAUGGGCAGCACAAAUGGCUGUUUCUCAAAAUACAGGCGUACCUUGGAUAAUGUGCCAGCAGUUUGACGCUCCUCCCUCUGUGAUAAAUACUUGUAAUUCCUUCUACUGCGAUCAGUUUAAACCUAUUUUUCCAGACAAGCCUAAAAUUUGGACUGAGAAUUGGCCUGGAUGGUUUCAGACAUUUGGCGCCCCUAAUCCUCACAGGCCAGCUGAAGAUGUUGCUUUCUCUGUUGCUCGCUUUUUCCAGAAAGGUGGCAGUGUACAAAAUUAUUACAUGUACCAUGGAGGAACAAAUUUUGGUCGCACUGCAGGUGGACCAUUCAUUACAACAAGUUAUGAUUAUGAGGCACCAAUUGAUGAAUAUGGUUUGCCUAGGCUACCAAAGUGGGGACACCUGAAGGAACUUCAUAAAGCUAUAAAGUUAUGUGAGCAUGUCCUACUGAACAGCAAGCCAGUUAAUUUAUCACUGGGUCCUUCCCAAGAGGCCGAAAUCUAUUCUGAUGCAUCAGGUGGUUGUGUUGCUUUCCUUGCUAACAUAGAUGAUAAAAAUGACAAGACAGUUGAAUUUCAGAAUGUGUCAUAUAAGCUGCCAGCCUGGUCGGUUAGCAUUCUGCCUGACUGCAAGAAUGUAGUAUAUAACACUGCAAAGGUAACUUCCCAGACUGCUUUAGUUGAAAUGGUACCUGACAAUUUACAGCAAAAGGAUGACUCAAAAGCUCUUAAAUGGGAAGUAUUCAUGGAGAAAGCUGGGAUUUGGGGAGAACCUGACUUCAUGAAAAAUGGUUUUGUGGAUCAUAUCAACACCACAAAAGAUACCACGGACUACCUCUGGUACACAACAAGUAUUGUUGUUGGUGAAAAUGAAGAGUUCUUGAAAGAGGGAAGACAUCCAGUUCUUCUUAUUGAAUCAAUGGGUCAUGCUCUUCAUGCUUUUGUGAAUCAGGAACUUCAAGGUAGUGCAUCUGGAAAUGGCUCGCAUUCACCCUUCAAAUUUAAGAAUCCCAUAUCUCUCAAGGCAGGGAAGAAUGAAAUUGCACUCCUAAGCAUGACUGUUGGCCUACAAAAUGCAGGCUCAUUUUACGAAUGGGUAGGAGCUGGACUAACAAGUGUUAUGAUUAAAGGAUUCAACAAUGGCACCGUUGACUUGUCUCAUUUUAACUGGAUCUAUAAGAUUGGGUUGCAAGGAGAAAAGCUUGGUAUAUACAAGCCUGAGGAAGUGAAUAGUGUAAGUUGGGUUGCAACAUCAGAACCACCAAAGAAGCAACCUUUGACAUGGUACAAGGUUGUUCUGGACCCACCAGCGGGGAAUGAACCUGUUGGGCUGGAUAUGCUUCAUAUGGGAAAGGGCCUAGCAUGGUUGAAUGGAGAAGAAAUUGGAAGAUACUGGCCCAGGAAAAGUUCUGUUCAUGAAAAGUGUGUUACAGAAUGCGACUAUAGAGGCAAAUUCAUGCCAGACAAAUGUUUUACUGGGUGUGGUCAACCAACACAAAGAUGGUACCAUGUUCCACGUUCUUGGUUCAAGCCAUCUGGAAACUUGCUGGUGAUUUUUGAGGAGAAAGGUGGAGAUCCAGAAAAAAUUACAUUCUCGAGACGAAAAAUGUCCAGCAUAUGUGCUCUCAUUGCGGAGGAUUACCCCUCAGCUGAUCGAAAAUCAUUGCAGGAAACUGGAAGCAAGAACUCCAAUUCCAGGGCCUCUGUCCAUUUGGAGUGCCCCCAAAAUGCCGUUAUAUCAGCUGUAAAAUUUGCCAGUUUUGGAACUCCUUCUGGAAAAUGCGGAUCUUACAGCGAGGGAGAAUGCCACGAUCCCAAUUCCAUUUCUGUUGUUGAAAAGGCCUGUCUAAACAAAACCGAGUGCGCUAUAGAACUAACGGAGGAGAACUUCAACAAGGGUUUGUGUCCUGACCUCACCAGAAGACUUGCUGUUGAAGCAGUAUGCAGCUGAAAUCAGCAGCACCAGCAGUAAGAAGAUCCAACCACAUAGCAUACAAAUUCACAUGCUUAGCUAGAAAGAACACAAAAAAACAAAAAAAGGGGGGAGAUUAUAUUACCCUCCACUAUGAGGUUUUUCCAGGGAGAAACUGUAGCAUUAUGUAUGAGGUACUGUAAUUUGUAUUGGGAAAUAGGCAGAAAGCCAAUGCUUAUUUAUU